GAGCGAGAAAAAUAAAUAGUCACACCUCUAGCCCCGACCAGCUGUUUGCAAACAAAAUAUUGGCGUUCUAAUUAGUUAUUACCCGAUAUUAGUUCAUUAAUGGACUGCUGCGGCAACGAAGUGCGCAGCGAGAGUAUCUACAACAUGCUGCAGGCCCUGGUGGACUCAAAGGUGGUCAACGUGCAGCUUCUGUCGAUUGCCGUGGGCAUUUUCUUCGUGGUUCUGCUGCUGAAAAACAAUUUCCGCAGCUUUUCUGGCACGUAGAUGGAUCUAAUUUAGUGUUUAAUCUAUUUCAUAAUGUAAUGUACGCUAAGGACUAAUAAUAACUACUUCAAGCCAC